AUAAAAAAUACGGAGGUCUAGACAUUUCCCAAAAAUUUGGCUGACCGUAUGUUUUUCGGCCAGGAUUUCAGAGUGAUACGCCCUAGUCUUGUGGAUGAUUCUACAUCCAAUUUCUGAAGCAAGAAAUAAAUACUUGUAACUGAAAAAAACACGUAUCUAACAGCACCACGUGCUUUUAGAAAAACCUCAGAUUGCGUGAUUUGUAAAAAUCACUUCAAUUAUAUCUGGUUUUUCAGUGUACGAUGAUUUGAUCUUGUGCAUUGGUGACUCUGCCGAAGAUUUUGCAAGAUAGAAAUCGUAAUGAUAAAGGGAUACUUUAAUGUAACAGCAAAACCUACAUUUCCGGACUUCGUAUCACGCAAGUAUAAUGCCAUCCAACACGCGUCCAUUUCAUUGCAAAGUGAUAAUGCCUUGGAUUUGCAUUCAUAUUGGGUUAGGCAAUACAAUGAAGUGAUCAGAAGAGAAAGAGUUGGUCAGAAGUUCCAAGUCGCCCCAAAAUCCGUAAGCCUGCGGUUUAAGAGAAUCUUUGAAAUUGUCAAAGAGCAAAUGAACACUGCCCAUGAGUUUGAAUUGGCGUCACUUCGUGUGACGAGAGAAGCAUUAAAGGACGUGGCAUCCGUUACUCAGGGUGAAGGUGGUCAUGAUACAGAAGUAUUUCAAGCAGGUCAUCAGACAGAAGAAGUUCAAGAUGGCCUUCACACAGAAGUAGUUCAAGCUGGUCUUUACACAGAAGAAGUUCAAGCUGGUCAUAAUACACAUGCUGUCAGGAAUAUACCGCGAGAUCUCUCAAUGGAUUCUCCUUUACCAAGUGAUUGGCUGCUACCACCUGGACCUCCAAAUCAUAUUUUAAACCUCUACAAAAUCAAGCAUUGGCCAAUGGUUGUAGAGAAGAUGGUCAAGAUAAGGUGGAUGCAACAAGACAUGUAUUUGUUAAACAAGUGUGAUACAACAUUUGAUAUAAGAAUUAUAAUGGUGACAAGGGUGUGGUUGACGGAAAGUCCAGGAAUUCUCUGGUGACUAUGAGUUCCAUGGAUCUUUUUUGCCGGUGUCUAUGAAAUGCCUGAAAGAAUCUUUCUGGUAACUAUGGAGAACAGAAAGAAAAACUUAUUAUUAGUACACGCCAUUCUAAAAAAGUAAGGUGAAUUACUUUAAUAGAUGCUUCCCAUUAGAAGUCAAGGAAAGAAUGAAACGCAUUGUAGUCUAAUGCUCAGGUGUCAAGUCGGUAUGAGCCAAAGGAACCCAUUAACAAGUCUCUCCUACUGGUCGCUUAGAUGGGUC